CGGCGCUGCGUGGCACUGUGCACCGACUGGGCAGUGGAUGCACACAAACGCACGUACGCGCGCGUACACACGCACACACACACUCGCACACUCACGCGCGCGCACGCAUGACUAGUUGUGAAUGGCCGACGAGGCUUGGCACGUUUCGUUUGCGUGGCGAGAAGUAGCCGUCGGUCCGGACGCCUCUACCUGCUGCAGACCGUGCCCGCGCCGCGCACACCCAUGGGUGUCGCUGAUGUGACCGCCUCCUGCGUCGGGACCGAACGGGGCCGCUUCGAUCGGCGCGGUAGUUAUUUUCAGAGCCGCUCGCUCCAGCUAUUCGGGACCGACUGGAAACGUGCGGGCCGGGCGCGCUGAGUCGGAUUGGGGAGCCGCACCGGAGCGCUGCAGCAAGACGCGGUACCGGAGCCCGAGCAGACGCGGUACCGCAGCCGCAGCGGACGAGGAAGAGGAGGAAGCGCGGAUGUGAUGCCAACAAUUGGCCCGAAAAAAAAAGGGUCAACUCGAGGAAAGAUUUUUCUGUAGUCUGGUCCAGGUCAUCUGCUGCAGUCAUGUUUAGGAACAGCCUGAAGAUGUUGCUGACGGGAGGGAAGGGAAACCGCAAGAGUCGCAGCAGCGAUGGCGGGAACGAGGACUAUGCGGACCCUCGCUCGCCCAGUCUAGACCCCCACCUGAGCCACGGUGGACAAGGCGGCAGCAUAGACAGCGACUGUGCCUUUGAAGGAGACUACGCCGUGCCCGCGCUCUCCAUGACCGAGGGCAUGCAGCACAUUCGCAUCAUGGAGGGCGUGUCGCGCUCGCUGCCCUCCUCCCCGCUGCUCACACACCAGACCAUCAGUGUCAGGCUGCAGCCCGUGAAGAAGCUCACAGCCCCUCUGCGGAAAGCAAAGUUUGUGGAGAGCCCUCGCAUUCCACAAUCAGAGCUUGGCUCCCCUACACACACCUCCACCACUGCCAAGAAUCCAGACCUGGACACAUACUGCCCCGGGGAGUCAAGCCAUGAGCUGGGCCCCCCUCCGUCGGUGGAUGAGGCAGCCAACACAUUGAUGACGCGCCUGGGUUUCCUUCUGGGCGACAAAGUGAGCGAGGGGCCAGCCGGUACCCAGUACAGCAUGGAGGAGCCUGAGGCGAGACAGGGCCAAAACCAGAGGAACAGCCCGUGCUCCACCCUGACCAGCAGCACUGCCUCACCCCCUGCAGGCAGCCCCUGCUCCACCCUCCCCCCUGCCAUGCCCGGCCAGGCCAGCAACAAGGACUGCGCCUACGGCUCCGUCACCAGUCCCACCUCGACCCUGGAGAGCAGGGACAGCGGGAUAAUAGCCACGCUGACCAGCUACUCGGAGAACAUGGAGCGAGGCGGCAAGUACGGCGACGGCUCCCGGGGGAACCUGAAGCUGUGGCAGUCCCAGAAAUCAGGCAUGGACUCCUUCCUGUACAGGGUGGAUGAGAACAUGACCGCCUCCACCUACAGCCUCAACAAAAUCCCCGAGCGCAGCCUGGAGAGCAUGUCCUCCCACUCCGCCCACUCCAUCCCCCUGUACCUCAUGCCCCGCCCCAACUCUGUGGCCGCUACAAGUUCAGCCCACCUGGAGGACCUGGCGUACCUGGAUGAGCAGAGACACACUCCGCUACGCACGUCGCUGCGCUUGCCCAGACAGAGCACCACCUGCGGGCCGGGUCGCUCCGGGCAGGACCUGAGAGUGCGUUUUGCACCCUAUCGGCCUCAAGACAUCGCCCUCAAACCCCUGCUGUUCGAGGUGCCCAGCAUCACCAUGGACUCGGUCUUCACGGGCCGCGAGUGGCUCUUCCAGGAGAUCGAUGCCCACCUCAACAGCCCCAACGCCAGCACCAACCGCGGCGUGGCGGUGUUGGGCAACAUCGGCUUCGGCAAGACCGCCAUCGUCUCUCGCCUGGUGGCGCUCAGCUGCCACGGCACCCGCAUGAGGCAGAUCGCCUCCGACAGCCCCCAGGCGUCGCCCAAACAUGGAGAGGGUCUCCCUCUCACUCAGCCCCAGCCCACGCACGGCACCCUGGGAGGAGGCAGCUGUCCCGGGACCCCCGAGAUGAGGCGACGUCAGGAAGAGUCCAUGAGGAGGCUGGCGUCUCAGGUGGUGGCGUACCACUACUGCCAGGCCGACAACGCCUACACCUGCUUGGUGCCGGAGUUCGUGCACAACGUGGCGGCCCUGCUGUGCCGCUCGCCGCACCUCGUCGCCUACAGGGAGCAGCUGCUGAAGGAGCCGCACCUCCAGAGCACCCUGAGCCUGCGCUCCUGCGUCCAGGACCCCCUGGCCUCCUUCAGGAGGGGCGUGCUGGAGCCCCUGGACGCACUUUACAGAGAGAGGAAGAUCAACUCUGAGGAGGACCUCAUCAUCCUCAUAGACGGCUUGAACGAGGCAGAGUUCCACAAGCCGGACUACGGAGACACCAUCGUGUCCUUCCUCACUAAAACCAUCAACAAGUUCCCUCCUUGGCUCAAACUGGUGGUGACGGUCAGAACCACGUUGCAGGAGAUCACCAACUCGCUGCCCUUCCACCGCAUCUUCCUGGACGGCCUGGAGGAGAACGACGCCAUAGACCAGGACCUGCAGGGCUACAUCCUGCACCGCAUCCACAGCAGCCCCGAGAUCCAGAACAACAUCUCGCUCAACGGCAAGAUGGACAACACCACCUUCGGCAAGCUCAGCGCCCACCUCAAGGCCCUGAGCCAGGGCUCCUACCUGUACCUCAAGCUCACCUUUGACCUCAUCGAGAAGGGCUACCUUGUCCUCAAAAGCUCCAGCUACAAGGUGGUUCCGGUGAACCUGGCUGAGGUGUACCUGCUGCAGUGCAACAUGCGCUUCCCCACGCAGUCCUCGUUCGAGCGGGCGCUUCCUCUGCUCAACGUGGCCGUGGCCUCGCUUCACCCGCUGAACGAUGAGCAGAUUUAUCAGGCCAUCAACUCCGGAUCGCUGCAGGGCACUCUGGACUGGGAGGACUUCCAACAGCGUAUGGACAACCUGUCCGUCUUCCUGGUGAAGAGGAGGGACGGCACCAGGAUGUUUGUCCAUCCCUCCUUCAGGGAGUGGCUGAUCUGGAGAGAAGAAGGAGAGAAGACAAAGUUCCUCUGUGAUCCGAGGAGCGGUCACACCCUGCUGGCCUUCUGGUUCUCCCGGCAGGAGAACAAGCUGAACAGACAGCAGACUAUUGAGCUGGGCCAUCACAUCCUCAAAGCACAUAUCUUCAAGGGGCUCAGCAAGAAAGUCGGCGUUUCCUCAUCUGUUCUUCAAGGCCUGUGGGUUUCCUACAGCACGGAGGGCCUUUCAGCUGCACUUUCCUCACUCCGAAACCUCUACACUCCCAACAUCAAGGUGAGCCGGCUGCUGAUGCUGGGCGGGGCCAACGUGAACUACCGCACGGAGGUGCUGAACAACGCCCCCGUCCUGUGCGUCCACUCCCACCUGGGCUACAUGGACAUGGUGGGCCUUCUGCUGGAGUACGGCGCCUCGGUCGACUCGCCAUCCGAGAGCGGCCUCAUGCCGCUGGGCUACGCCGCCGCCGGGGGGCACAUGGCCAUUGUGACGGCGCUUUGCCGCAGGAGAGCGAAGGUGGACCACCUCGACAAGAACGGCCAGUGCGCUCUGGUCCACGCGGCCCUGAGGGGCCACAUGGAGGUGGUGAAGUUCCUCAUCCAGUGCGACUGGGGCAUGGGGCCGCCGGCGCCGCCGUCCCAGCAAACCCAACAACAGGUGGCCUUCACCAAGAGCCACGCGGUGCAGCAGGCCCUCGUCGCCGCGGCCAGCAUGGGAUACACCGAGAUUGUGUCGUACCUGCUGGAUCUGCCAGAGAAAGAUGAAGAGGAGGUGGAGCGGGCUCAGAUCAAUAACUUUGACACCUUGUGGGGCGAGACAGCGCUGACCGCGGCCUCCGGUCGGGGGAAGCUGGAGGUCUGUCGCCUGCUGCUGGAGCAGGGGGCGGCCGUGGCCCAGCCCAACAGACGAGGCAUCGUCCCGCUGUUCAGCGCCGUCCGGCAGGGACACUGGCAGAUCGUGGACCUUCUCCUCACACACGGCGCCGACGUCAACCUGGCCGACAAGCAGGGCCGUACCCCCCUCAUGAUGGCCGCCUCGGAGGGACACCUGGGGACCGUGGAGUUUCUGCUGGCUCAGGGGGCCUCUCUGUCUCUGAUGGACAAGGAGGGUCUGACCGCUCUCAGCUGGGCCUGCCUGAAAGGACAUUUACCCGUGGUCCGCUGCCUGGUGGAGAGCGGCGCCGCCACCGACCACGCCGACAAGAACGGGCGCACGCCCCUCGACCUCGCCGCCUUCUACGGCGACUCGGAAGUGCUCGCAGUCGCUCCUUCCAGUUCUUCCCUCCUCUUCUGCUUUUUGCGGUGUGUCCCUCUCACUGUGUUUCUCUUUUCAUCUGCUCCUUUCCUGUGUUACCCAGGUCCCGCCACAUGGGCCAUGGCCACCUCCAAACCCGACAUCAUGAUCAUCUUACUCAGCAAACUCAUCGAGGAGGGGGACAGCUUCUACAAGAAGGGGAAGGUGAAGGAGGCGGCGCAGCGUUAUCAGUAUGCCCUCAAAAAGUUUCCACGCGAAGGCUUCAGCGAUGACCUCAAGACAUUCAGGGAACUCAAAGUAUCGAUCUUCCUCAACCUGUCCCGAUGUCGGAGGAAAAUGAACGACUUUGGGAUGGCUGAGGAAUUCGCUACAAAGGCAAUUGAACUGAAACCGAAAUCCUAUGAAGCGUACUAUGCCAGAGCGCGUGCCAAGCGUAGCAGCAGACAAUUUCCUGAAGCCUUAGAGGACCUGAACGAAGCCAUGAAGCAGUGCCCCAACAACCGAGAGAUCCAGCGGCUGCUCGAGAGGGUGGAGGAGGAAUAUCACCAGCUCAACCAGGAGGAGCUACUGGAGCUGGAGCCUCCGCCCUCCCCUCCCCCUACGCCUCCCCCAGAAGACGAGGAGUCCCUGUCCCUGUCCCUGUCCAUGCCGCUCCCCCCUCCCCCAGAGCCCCGCCUGGAGGACAUGGAGCCCGUCCAGGACCUGUUUGAGGACGAGGACUACCUGGAGCAGGAGCUGGAGGCCAUGUCGGCCUGUCUGCCCCCGCCCGAGUCUCACAGCAAUCCGUCCAGCCUCCCCGUCAUUCAGAGCCCGCCGCUCUCCCCAACACACCACGACCACAUCUACUUAACCGGGGGUUCGCCCAUGGGCCAGCCGUACGAAUACCACCCCACGUCCUCCUCCAUAUCCUCGCCCACGCGCGGCUCGUACCAGCCCACGUCGCCCUCCCUCCUCCCGAACUCAUCAGAACCCGUAAGGACAUAUUCAGCUUGGACCUCGGGGCACCAGUCGUCCUACGGCUUCGGCUCGUCUUCGAUGUGUCCCGGGGGUCAGGCGAUGGAUCGCCAGAGCCCGCCGCCUUCCCCAUUACGCCGGAGCGCCCAGUACCGAGCCAGCCCGCCGGUAGAGAGCGUUUGCCUCUACAGGUCCCAGUCCGGGUCGCCCGUGCGCUACCAGACGGAGCAGCUCCCCGGCCGACCCAAGUCUCCUCUCUCCAAGAUGAGCAGCCAGCGCUCGUUCCAGCUGAGCUCCCAGCCCUCCCUCUCCUCCCAGCACCACCAAGCCCAGGGCCUCCGCCUUCAGCCUUCAAUAGCCCAAAUAGUCCGCACCAACCAGCCCAGCAACGUGAUGGGCAACAGCCUCUACCAGAUGGGGCACUCCAUGGGUGGUCGCUACCAGGGGGUUUCGGUGGACGUGGAGAGCCGGCUGGUGUACCAGCCCUCCCUGGAUGGACGCUCGAUGCCCCAGGUCCAGCCCAGCCUCAGCUCCGGGGCCCUCUGUCAGCACGGCGGCCGAGGAGGGGUUAUGGAGUCGAGCCUGUUGAAGGACGAGCUCCCCCAGCGCCCCUCCUCUGCCUACCGCGCCAGCAGCGGGGGCCCGGGGGGCAUCCGCUACAGCCAGACACCCCAGAUCAGCCGCAGCCAGUCGGCCGCCUACUACCCGGUCUCUGAGCACGUGCUGGAGCGAGCCAACGCCAUGCCCUCCCACCAGCUGGGCUCUCCCGAGGUCCCGCACAUGGUGAGGCGCCCCGUCAGCGCCAACACCACUGAGAUGAAGCCGCACGUGCCCACCCCCAGGCCUCUCAUCCACUCUCAGAGCGUAGGCCUCCGGUUCUCCCCCUCCAGCAACAACAUCUCCGCCGGGUCCACCUCAAAUUUGGCCCCGGGUUUCAGGCCGUCCUCGUCCAUCCAGCAGAUGGAGAUCCCCCUGCAAGCCACUUACGAGCGCGCCUGCGACGACAUCUCCCCCAUCUCCCCCUCCCAGGGCGGCGGGGGGCUGUACCCGGGCGAGAGCACCCGCUCUCGGAGCACACCCUUCAUGGGCAUCAUAGACAAGACGGCGCGGACUCAGCAGUACCUGCAUCAGCCCUCGCGGUCCAGGGCCAUGACGUCCAUGGACUCCGCCAUCAGCCCCACCUCGCCUGGCCAGCUGGUCCAGCAGGGCUCCACCUACAGCCCCCCCGCCUCGCUGGGCAACAUCGCCUACUACAACAAGACCAACAACGCCCAAAACGGACACCUGCUGGAGGAGGACUACUACACCCAGACGCCCCCGCUGGGCAAGCUAGCCAACGGCUCCCGCGGCAGCGGGGACAUCCUGGAGCGGGUCAGCCAGGUGCCCACCUACCCGGACGUGAAGGUGGCGAGGACUCUGCCCGUGGCACAGGCGUACCAGGACAACAUGUACCGCCAGCUGUCGCGUGACUCCCGGACCCAAGGCCCCAGCUCCCCCAUCAAACCAAAGAGACCGUUUGUGGAGUCGAAUGUGUGAUGGUCUGUCUGUGGUUGGUUGGACUGGUUGGACUGGGCUCGUUCGUGGGAUGUGAGAGGAGGACAAUGUUUAGCGCGACGGCCGAUGCUGCUGACCCAUGUGUACAUGGACUAACUCAUCUAACAGAACUCAACAGGAGGCAGAGAGAAAACCACACACGCUAAGGGGAGGAAAAAAACAAAACACAACCAACGAGGAGAUUUCUUUCAUUAUCACAUUCUGCACACAGGUGGGACAACGGGAGGGUCCCGCGUUCUGAUCUCAUACCGAAUCAAAGAACAGCGCACUUCCAAAAUGUCGUGUGGCACAAAGCUCAAGUGAACGCCACAAGGUGUGGGACUGAGUGAAAGAGUGAAAGUACUAAUCAUCGGACUCUACUUGUGGACUCUGUAUCCAUCUUCUGUUCUUUCAAAGUGUGCUCUUAACCAAGGUUGCUAGUAGGCUCUAUUAUAUGUAAUACAAUAUUAUAUGUUCAAUACUGUACAUUGCUCAGAAAACACAAAUGGCUCAACAACUCAGUACUUAGAGAAAAAUGACAAUAUUUAUAAGUAAGUUAUAUAUUGUACAUAGAAAGGAAACAUCGUUUGCGUUUGAAUUGUAUUCUGUUAACCUUGCCUUCGAGUCCCACCGCUAGUCGUAUGGAUGUGGAAAACCGAGCAAGGUGAGGAAUGAGGGACAAUGACCGACUUUGAGUGAUACUUUUACCUCUAUUGUGGCAAAAUAAAAAGAGAUUUUGUUGUGGUUCAAUGCGAGAAUAUGCUUUCUCCGCUGCAAUACGUCCUCGAUGAUCCGGAGACCGCAGCAAGUAGUUUCUUUAGCGAUAAAUCUACAGGUUAUUAUUUGUUCUGCAAACCGUCAGAGUAGUAAAAUAGGUCUAAUAUAAUCCAGCAUGGAUUUUUAAUCCGACCAACAAUCUCAGUGACAGCCUCAUAACGCAGAGAAAAAAACAUUUUGUCUGAAUGGGAAAAAAAAUCAAACAAUUUCUGCAUAUGUUUUGGUUGAUUGAAUCAUUUUCAACCAGUAACUUCGCCUCAUUUCUUAGGUUGUAUAUUUGAAUUUUAUUAGGACAAUCCCUGGAUCAUAGACCUCAGCGUCUAGGCUGACAUAGUGGACCAGCUCCCUGUGCUACCUACUUAAUACUUGCUCAAUCAUCUGCUCACAUAAACAAACAAAGCCUCAGCCGCUGUUGAUUCGUACAAACUCGUAUGAUAGCUUUUUUGCGGAUUCCUUUAGACUUGUUUUGAGGUCACAUUGAUGUAUUUGCCUUUUGAGUGCAAUAAAUUCAGUCGGAAUUCUGGGCUGCAGGAAUUUUAAAUCAAUGAAUUCUGCGGGUCAAAUGCUGAAUAGGGGUAUUUUAUCGCGUGGCACACGAGAAUCAAAGUUCGCCUUUGUCCCUCUUCCGCAGGAUGUCGUGCUGUGUGUUCCCGAGAGGGAACAUUAGCUGCUGGUGGGUUAACGUGGAAAGUGCUGCGCGGGUACAAGCAAGCAAUGCAUACACGACCACUGUUAGACGUUUCUCCCUCUACUGCAUUAUUCUGUGUUUCUUUUUACCCACAAUGCAUUUUUAUUCUGCCACUUCUGCACUAAAAAUGCCUGUUAAGUUCUUAACUAAGGGUGCACUUUAUGUAAUUUACUUAGUUUGUUGUUAUGAUUGUUGAAAUUAGAGAAAGUGUGUGUGUGAUCAGGCAGACCUCUGACCACUGAUGACUAUCAGACUAUCAUAGACACUAUUAUUAUUAUUGUUGUAUGAUUUACAAAGCAGUGAUGAAUGACAAUACGAAGAGCAGACAACGUUUUUAAACUGGUGAAGAUGUAUAGACUUUCUAGCACAAGUUGUAAAUACUGACUCAGAUAUUUGUUCACUUCAGCUCGGGUUUGAUAGUGAAGCAAGUCUGUUUCAGGGGGCCGAUCAUAUUUAAGUAUUCCACAUCUUUAAAGCAAAAUAUACACAUUAAAGUCCUCUAUCUCUCAAAGAGCCAGUCUAAUCCACUGGUCUUGCACACAUCUUGAAAUUAAGUCGAAUCUAUUGCAACAAAAGUAUGACUGAGGUUUCAGUGCCCUGAAACUCCAUAUUUGGAGUUUGGGUGGUACAGAAAGUGGAAUACUGAGAAUAUCCAAGCUAUUUGUAUAUGUGGGGAAAGUUUGGGACCAUUUGUAACUUUUUAUUUUAGUUUCUCUGACAAAGAAUGAAGUGAAGAAGAAGUGGGGCGGUUCUCAGUUUCACCUGCCACCGGAAAGAUGCCCUACUUAUCUUUACACAAAUAAAGAUAGAAACUGUAUUGUAAUUUAUUUAAGAAGACUUCUAAAUUGAGGAUAAUCAAGGGUGUAUGGUUUCAAGCUGUCUAUGUAUAUUGGUUUGCUGUAAAUAAUCUGAUGCAUGUUCUAUUCUUUCCAUGAGCUCAAGCAGUAAAGCCGUGUUCUGACCCUGGUGUGUUGGCGCUCGGAUCAAGAUAAAGAGAGACUGCUGUCCCUGAACUAUCCUUAUCAUUUUCCUUCAACCUCACCAUACGAAACGCAAAAGGUUCUUUUAUUUUAUUUUAAUGUAUUUGCUUGCUGAGCAGAGUUCUCUUGUCUGUAAAUGUGAGCUUUCAGGUCGCUGUGAUAAAAAAACAAUAAUAAAAGAAUGUGUUUUUAUCUCAUAA